UGGAAGCUCAUCAGACAUUCUCUUCUACUCAGCGCUUAAAGGGAUGAAAAAGAGUGUCCAAGAUCUCACUCCUUCCAACACCAGCCUGGUCGGAUUCUCCGGAACCAAGGUCCGCGUCCUCGGGUCUAUCACGCUAAAAGUUACUAUAGGCGAGGGCGGGAUCACGAAAACUAGACCAGUGGAGUUCCAUGUGGCGGACUACCCCUCGGCAUACAAUGCCAUCCUCGGGCGCGGGUUUCUAGCCUCGUUCGAAGCAGUGGCGUCCACCUGUCAUUAAAUGCUUAAAUUCCCUAGCGGGGGACAAACAGGCCGCGUCCGGGGAAACCUCGAGGAAGCCAGAGAGUGCUACCAAGCCACCAUCAAGCACCUCGAGGUCGACCUCGUCGACACAAGGGGAGACAUCCCGAGGCCUGAAGCGGUUGAAGGGGAUGUGGCGAUUCCCCUAAACGAAGAACAUCAAGAGAAGACGGUUCGUAUCUCCACGCACCUCACCAACGAAGAAGCCCAAAAAUUGCUCUUACUCUUCAGGGAGUACCAAGACCUCUUUGUUUGGGGUCCAGAGGACAUGCCCGACGUCCCCCGCAGUGUCUCCGAACACCGCCUCUUGGUCAAAAUCAAGGCACGUCCAAUACAGCAGCGUAGACGACAUUUGUCAGUCGAGAAGCAAAUGGCUUUGAAGGAGAAAGUCCGGCGCCUUCUCAAGGCCUGGUUCAUCAGAGAGGUUAAGUAUCCCUCAUGGCUCUCGAACCCGGUCUUUGUGCGCAAGGCCGGAGGAGUUUGGAGAAUGUGCAUCGACUUUACCAGCCUCAACGCGGCCUGCCCCAAGGAUGCAUAUCCUCUUCCCCGUAUUGAUCAACUCAUCGACGGAACCGCCAAUCAUGAAGCCCUCAGUUUCCUAGAUAUGUUCUCCGGAUACCACCAAAUCAGAAUGGCGGAGGGCGACCUAGAGCUCACCGCUUUCAUGACUCCCAUGGGCAACUUCUACUAUGUGGUCAUGCCCUUCGGAUUGAAGAACGCCGGAGCAACCUAUCAAUGAAUGGUGGAUGCCGUCUUCAAGGAUCAAAUGGGAAGAAACGUGGAAGUAUACG